UUGUGAUUUUCAAUGUGUGAGUUUUAAUUUUUAUUUUUUUAAUAUAGAUUUUUAUUCAUAAUGGAAGAUUCACUCAGCGAUCAGGAAGGCGUAUACCAUAACGUUAUUGAGACUUUAUAUCAGACUUUUGGUGAAGUGCUGACUAGAGAUAUAAUAUGUGCAAUAGUCGAAGGUUGCAACGGAGACAUGGAUCAAUCUGCAAAUGCCAUCAUGAAUAUGACAAAUGAAAUGGAAGCAGAAUCAUCUUCACCAAAUGUCGAAAAUAACGUGGAAGUUCAUCAACCCACACUUACACCAAGAACACUAUCAUUUGAUCAUAAUAAUAGCGAUGAUAGUAACAGUGUACCAAAUGUUGCAGUAAAUAAUCCCCAGAAUAGAAAACAAUUAGGGUGUUCUCAAAACAUUGAACAACAUUGUAAACCUCAUAACUCAAGUUCAGCAGGAAAUAUGGCCAAGACUAAUGUCAGUUACUCUGGGGUUGCACAAAGUGGCGCAAGGCCUGGCACAUAUACCAGUAAUCAGUUAAGUCCUCUUCCAAUAUCAGAUUUCAACUUCUGGACGAAUCAAAUUAAACAAAUUCUAAUGCAUCAUAAUAAAGGUAGCCGCAUAUUAAUUAUAAUGAGAGGUGUUCCGGGAAGUGGGAAAACAUAUUUGGCAAAAAAAAUUCUAGAAGCAACUAUUGGAGGUGAUGAAUGUGAUUUCUCGACACAUAUUUUUUCAGCUGAUGAUUAUUUUUUGGUAAAAGGUUCUUAUCGAUUUGACAAAACGAAGCUUCAAGACGCUCAUAUUUGGAAUCGUAGCAAAGCUAGAUCAGCAAUGAACCGAGGAGUGAGUCCUGUUAUAAUUGAUAAUACAAAUGUUGAACCCUGGGAAAUGGAGCCUUACCUCAGAGAUGGGGUAAAUAAUGGAUAUUUGAUAGAAAUCGUGGAGCCAAAUACUCAUUGGGCAAAGAAAGCAAACCAACUAUCACGUAAAAAUGUUCAUAAUGUAUCAUUGCAUACAAUUAAAAGAAUGCUUAGCAACUUUCAGGAUGGUAUUACUGCUGAAAGAAUGAUGAAUUACUAUAAAUUGUCCUAUCCAAAUAAUUUCAUUCCACCUGUUUUGAGGAAUUUUCCUGUCAUACCAAUUCAAACAGUCCCCAUAGAACUUAAUCCUAACGGUAAUGUUGUAUCUAGUGUUCAAUAUUCAGAACAUGAUUGUAAUACUACCCAGGAAAAUAUGACUGUUCAAAAUAAAGAAAAUAUAUGUAAUCCAUCAGGCUCGUCAAGUUCUGAUGAACAAAUGCAGGAAAUAACUAAAAAUAACGAUGACUUAUCAAAUACGAAAGACGCAGAAAAUAAACAAUAUGAAUUAGACAAUAAUUCAGAGCAGAACAUAGAAUCUAAUAUGCAUGUGGAAGAACUUGAAGAGAUUGAUGCAGCGUGGGAAACAAACGAAAAGUGGGAAGACGAUCCGGCAGAGAAUAAAAGAACUUGUAGUAAAAAGGAUGUUACUUGCGAGAAUGAGAUUUCGGAAAAUUCAAAGCCACCACGAAAUAAAUUGAACAAAUUAAGGAGAAGUUUAGAAGAUACAAAACCAGACGCAGAUAAUUUGUUAGUCGAAUGUCAGGAUUGGACUAAAAUCGACAUGUUUAUGCAACCAUGGGAUGAUACCUGUAAAUUAGACGAAGAAAGUCCCUUAAUUGCAGUCGAAAAAGUUAGUAGCGGCACUUCCAUGGACCUCAGUGAUACGGACGUUUGUAAUGUAAACAAAGCUUAUAAAGUUAUGAGCGCAGUAUCGAGAGAUAUAAAUUUAUAUUACAUGCCUCUCGAUAAAGAAAAAAUUCCCGAAAAGAGAAUGUUAGAUCAGAGUAGCAUGAUUAAUGAACAAAUACUAGAAGAAGCGUUUAAGAAUGAGGAUAAAAAAACACAAUUUAGAACCUUCAGGAAUGUAUUUAAGAAUAUCCCCAAAAUCGAUUUGAAGAAUGUAUUUGACAUUUGCCGUGGUGAUGUUAACUGGGCCACGCUUAUUGUGGCUGAAGGAGUGGCUAAUGGUGAAUUUCCAAGUGUAAAAAGUGAAGACUCAUCUGAUAGUGAUGAAGAAAGCAUUUGCACUGAUGACAAAAUGUCAAAUCAUGUUGAUGAUGUAAAUAAUAAAUCUCUAAUCCAUGAUUCUAAAACUAGCACAAGCGCUAAAGCUGAUCAAAUGUCAGAAGAAACAAUAAAUAAUACAAGAAAAAUAAUUCCUUAUGACAAUUCACAACCGAGCACAAGCGCGAAACCAGAUCACAUAUUAGAAAACUCAAAGUAUAUUGCCAUAUUAACACCUAGAAAAGGUAAAAAAGCAAAUAUAUCUGAGCAUCAUAUUAAUUUAAAGCGACAAAUAGAGAAAAACGUUGUUAUUUCCGAAAACCACUAUUCGAAACAUUGCUUAAAGAUAAGAAAUCAGCGUCUAGGAAUUGGGUCGGAAGUUAAUUCUAAUGUGAACGAAAAUCAAGAAAAUAUUAACGUGGACAACAUAGAACUUUCUGACAAUACUCAAAGUCCCGAUGAUGAAUUACCAAGUACUUCCAAUGCGCUCAUGGAAAUAAGAACAAAUUAUAAUACUAUUGGUUUGGAUAAUGAAAGCAACAGUGACGAUUUUCCUAAAUCUGAAAAAACUGUAAAUAUCAAUUUAAGUUGGGACUUUAUCUCAAAAUUAGAUGAGCAUUUUGGGAGAGAUGAAAUGAUUUAUCCUGAAUAUGUUACACCUAUAGUAAACAUUCCAGAGUCUUUGCUAAAUGAAAUAAAUGCUUUUUGGAUGGAAUCCUAUAUUAAUCAAUCACAGGCAAAAUUUAAGGAAACAGAAUUAAUGAUACAACAAGAUGAAGAAAUAGCUAGGGAGUUGGAGAGACACGAAUUCGAAUUAAACGCUUCAGAGGAGCCGAAAACACCCGAUUUUAAAGAUUUAAUGGACAAUGAAUUAGCCAUAUCUUUGCAAAACAAAUUUAACUCGGAUUGGCGGAAGGAAGAGCCAAUGGACAUGGCAGCUAAACUUACACGAGAAAAAUUGAACAAUUUGUUUCCAGAUAUACAUCCACAAGUUUUGUCUGAAUUACUGGUUGCGCAUAAUAACAAUUUUAAUAAUACUGUAGAGGGUCUGUUAUUAUCGACUGGACAAGCGGAAAUAUUGGAGAGGGAGAAUGGAUUAAGAGAUUUCAUCAUGGCUAAAGGAACAGAACACCGGGAGAAAAUGCGUAAAGAACGUAAAAAAGAGCUAUCAAAGUCUGAACCGCUGUUUUUAGCAGGAGGGGGAAAAGUUGAUAUGAAUCUGGUCGAACGUUUUCGCCAUCAGGCUGAGUUACACUUAAUAAGAAGGAAUCAGAUAUACCAGAAAAUUCGUGAGAACAUGUCAAAUGGUAACAUUCAAGUCGCCAGAUACUAUUCAGAGAUUGCGGCAAUGCACACACAGGAAUUUGAUCAUGCGAACUCUUUGGCUGUAGCAACUCUCAUACAGGUGGGUACAUCUAAAAACGAUUACACGGCGACAAUGGAUUUGCACAAUUUACGAGUUAGAGAAGCAAUGGAAGGCCUCGAUCUUUUCCUUGACUCUAAUAUACAUAGACUACGGGAGAUACAAGGGACAAGCAAUGUACAAUUUAUGACAUUGUUUUUUAUAACGGGCCGUGGCUUGCACAGCCCUGGUCUGCCUAGAAUAAAACCUGCAGUUCAGAAGAGGCUAGCACAAAGGAAUAUCGCCUUUAAUGAGCGAAAUCCUGGCUUGCUCAUGGCUAAAGUUUAUGCAGGUCAUAGAAUGACCCAUGAAAUUGCCUAGCAUGAGGCCAUGUUGCAAAGAUAUAGAGCGCAGCCCCAUCUUGCCUACCAAGUUCCCAACUAUUCUUGGUAUACAUGUGUGGGUAUUGUGCAACCGGUUCUUGUAUAUCCUUUGAUGCAACCCCAACCUUUUGUAGUACCCACAAAUGUAUACUGUUAUCAUUAUGAAUAUUUCCAAUGUUACCAGUACACUACGUAUCCGCAACAUAGGGACGCUUUGCAAUAAACUAUGUAAACUUCAUUCACAUAUAUACAAAACACUAUAUCACCAAAUGUAAUUAAUUUAAACCUAUGCAGUUGUCUAAGGUGUUUGGAAGAAAAGAUUGUUGUAUGUUAUCUGAUUGGCUUUAAAUUGUUCAGUUUUAUGAAAAAUUUACGAAAAAAAUAAUUUAAAAAAGGUGUAAUACUUGUCGAAUUUACGCGCAAUCGCGCUGUUUUUUUUUUUUUAAUGACGAUGAAGACUUGGUCUUCUUUACGGCAGAGAGGUAAUAUCAGAAUUCUUUUGUAGCAAAUCGUCUAACCUCUAAACAUUAUGCCAACGCAGUAGACAAAAAGAUUUUAAACGACACAUACAUUUUUCAAAUAAUAUUCAAGUCUAACUUUGUAAAUAUUUUGCUAUAAAGGUAUUCUGAUAGUAAGGCGACGAAUGUGAGACUGACUUGCACAGGUGUUAACAUAAUGUACAUUCAUUAUAAUAAUAUAUUAUUACUUGAUGAAUACAGGAACCGUAAA